AUGGACCAGGGCUCAAAGCUGCCGCACCCUCGCAACGAGCCGGCUUCAGUUAGUGACGCGCGCGACCCGACCAGCCUCGCCGAAGACCAACAUCAUGGCGCCUCGCAAUCCCCCCCCAGGGCGCUCUCUGCCCUCGACGCCUCCGCGGCUGCGCCCGAAGGGUUGAGGCCAACAUACCCGAGCCCCCUCCGACUUCCGAUACCGCACACAACGCCGGGACGGCUCGCUUUCUCUGUCAUGCAAUUCCUCCCGGUCCCGCUACUCGUGUUGAGCAGCUUGAAGACGGUUGUUCUGGCAAACGAGGCUCUGGGGAGGCUGUUGGGCAUGAUACCGGAGGGGGCUGGACAACAGAGCACGGCGGCCGUAAUGGAUGGGUUACUUGGCCAAUCUCUGUCGCAAGUAGGAGUCGACAUGGCCCAGGAAGGCCGGCCGAUCUGGGUUGACUGGGAGCACUUUCUGGACGCCCUGAUAAGCAAGAUGGGGACCAGGGAGACCGAGACCGAGACCGAUACUUAUACCCCCAAUAUUGCAGGCGACGACCGCACCUCCACUUCGGGCGGAACUGGCCCUUCACCACCAAGUGUCACGCAUCCGCAUCAGCAUCCGCCUUUGCAGAACGCAGUCAUCGAAGUCAUCAUCUCCAGGAAGGAUCUCAACAAGACCACGUUCGAUUCGGGAGCUUAUCCAAACACCACCCCCUUUCAGAUUUGCGCCAAAAUGAUCGUCACCGUCUGGGAGCUUGACAAGAAUGAAACAUAUUUCACCCUCACCUUCACCAUCACCGAAUCUCAGCACCUGUCCUACCCGCUCCCGAGAGUAGCAAGUGCUGCUGUUAUCGACGCGGCCAAACAGGUGUCGGUACCGAGCUCUAACCCACCCUCUGACUGCCCUGGCCACAACCCCGGCGUGCCACCACACAGAAUCAGCCCGGGUUCGGUCUCUCUGUCGUCAAGUCCGUUUCUUCCCUCGGGCACGCCAUCGAGGUCGUCAUCGUCGAGUGCCCUGUCUAUUCUCCAGAAGAUCAUCGUGAUGAAAGACGCUCUAUUAGACAACACGCAGACGCCUGUCUUAGCCAUGUGGAAGGAUGGCAGCGUCGGCUUCCCAAACAGAGCCGCCCGGAGGUUAUUUAGCAAGUCAGUCGACAUGGAUAGUCGCAUGGACGGAUUUGAUCUCUUGCCAGCUUGGGAUGUUUGGAACGAGGACUUUAGCAGGAAGCUUGAACCUGCCGAGUAUCCUAUGUCGGUACUCCUCCGCACCGAGACGCCGUUUACGGGUCGUCGGAUCGGCAUGUACGACAGCGACGGGAACAAACUGGCCUUUGUAGUGGCCGGCGAAGUGAUACGAGACGACAUUACCGGCGAGUUCUUUGCCGGCGUCAUCACUGCCCGGGAUGUUACCAAGGUGACCGAUAUGAUCACACAGAUCAAGGAGCAGGACGAGGAACGAUUCAAGCUCAUGUGUGAUACCAUGCCACAACUUGUUUGGACGGCUACACCGGACGGGAUGCAUGACUUCUACAACACCCGUUGGUAUAACUACACGGGCCUUUCCGAGGCCGAUACGCUUGGACUCGGAUGGAGAAGUGCAUUUCACCCGGAUGAUCUGGAAGAUUCCGAUAGGACAUGGGACCACUCGUUGCAAACUGGCGAGCCAUAUGUGACAGAAUAUCGGUGUCGAAGCAAGACAGGACAGUGGAAAUGGUUCAUUGGCCGGGCCCUGCCACUGAAGAAUAAGCACACUGGCCAGAUCGAGAAGUGGUUUGGCACUUGCACAGAUGCAAACGAAAGUAUCGAGACCAGGCUCAUGGCCAAGCAGACCCGGCAACAGCUCUUGAGCGUCAUCGCCCAUUCCCAUGUCACUAUUUUCACCGUCGAUCUAAAUCGGAAAGUCACCAUGUUGGAAGGGGCGCUGAUAUGGGAUACCCUGGGCGAGGACACUGCCCUGGAUGGAGUUGGGUCGCCAUGGUAUAUUGGGGAGAACGUGUACGAGGUCUUCAAUCGCCUUAAUUCCCAGCUGCCACAUGGGCAGCGACCGCAGUUCUUGGAACCUAUCGAAUGCAUACUGUCUGGCCUAUCUACGGAAGACCUGGAUCUCCAAGAACACGAGAUAGAUGGACAUUUCUUCCGGACACGAUUCCUCCCUGUCUUUGGAAAAAGGAACAUCGACGGCAGGAUUAACGAUUCUGCCCUUGAGGGCGUCAUCGGCGUGAUUCUCGACGUGACGGAACUGAAGUCUAAGGAGGCGGAUAUCGAAGCCCAGGCGAGGGAGAAGCAGCAGCUAGUGGCCAAUGAAGCCGCCGCCAAGGAGGCGAGCAGGCUGAAGAGCCAAUUCCUUGCCAACAUGUCUCACGAGGUCCGCACACCAAUCACCGGAGUCCUCGGCAUGGCUGAACUCCUCCUCGACCUUGAACUCGGUCAAGAGCAGCGAGAGUACACGGAGAACAUCUAUCGCUCGGCGAGCGCCCUUCUUACUGUCAUUAAUGACAUCUUGGAUCUCUCCAAGGUCGAAUCAGGCCGACUAGAUAUUGAGGAGGUGCAAUUCUCUCUCUCCGUCAUCAUCAGCGACGUUAGCAAAAUGCUUAGCUUCGCCGUGGAGCGCAAGAGUCUCGAUUUCCAAUCCGACAUCGCCUGGGAUAUUGAGAACGAUCUCGUCGUCAUUGGAGACCCGGGCCGCGUGAGACAGAUCAUCACAAACAUACUCACAAAUAGUAUCAAGUUCACGAACCAGGGGUACGUCAAGUUCUCAGUUCUGAAAGAACGAGAAACCGCAGAAGUGGUCGAGAUCAGGUUCGUCAUCGAAGACACCGGCAUUGGGAUCGAGGAGGACGUGCGUAGGCGCCUGUUCCAACCAUUCAGCCAAGGCGACGCAUCGACAGCAAGGAUGUUCGGGGGGACCGGGCUGGGUCUGGCUAUAUCCAAGAAUCUCUUGGAACUGAUGGGCGGAAGGAUAACUCUUGAGUCGACGCUAGGCGCAGGCACCACGGCGUCAUUCUGGAUCCCCUUCAACAAACCGCAAGGAUCUCACUCGUCUCAUUCGGUUCGGAUCGAACCGCUCCCAGACCGAUUGCAGUCGGAAAUGAGCGUGUCUUGCAACAGUUCAGAGUACGAACAUAUAAUGGGGCCAUCUCCGCCCGAUGCGAUAAGUCCGUUGGAGAAACCGAGACUCUCGUGGCAUAAGAAGUCGAUCAGUACCCUCGCUCCGGGGCUUCUGUCUGAUGACGACCUCGCACCCGUUGAUCGCUCCAAGAUCAACAUCCUAGUCGUGGAGGACAAUGCGAUAAAUCAGCAGAUCGCAACAAAGACCAUCAAGAAGCUGGGAUUCAACGUGACCGCUGCUUGGAACGGCAGGGAGGCUCUCGACUACCUGACCGCCGCCAAGGACGGAAAGCGGCAAAAACCUGACAUCAUCCUCAUGGACGUCCAAAUGCCCGUCAUCGACGGGUACAAAUGUACCCAUCUCCUCCGACACCACCUGCCGUAUAAAUCAUUCAUAAGCAAUGUGCCGAUCGUUGCGAUGACGGCCUCGGCGAUCCAGGGAGACAGGGAGAAGUGCAAGAAGGCCGGCAUGGACGACUACCUUGCAAAACCGGUCAAAAGCAAGACGCUGGAGAGGAUGCUCGUGAGAUGGAGCACCAUGAAGCGACGGCCCACCCUAUCGCCGCCGCUGGGAUCGGAAACAUCAGACUGCUCCGAGGCGAACGAGCACUGUGAUAACGCCGGCAUCCCGGGGGUCAGCCACGACAGCAUGCUGCUCACGCCCCCAUUCGGGCCCAACUCUUCCGAGAGCAGCGAGGACAGGCGCAGCCCCCUCGCGUCCCGGCCGCUGACCAGCACCGACAUGCAGGAGACGCACUUCGCGUUCGCCAACGCCCUGGCGCGGCCCGAGUCGAUCCAGACGGUCAGGUUCCCAGAGUCGGACGAGCUGGCCAUGCAGUCCCGCGACGACAAGCUCAUCGACCUCGCCGCGACCUCGACGGCCGCUGCCCAGCACGGCCACCACUCCCUCCCCCACUCGCUGCAGUCGCCGUUGCCGGUGGGCGAGGCCCUGACGGAGGAGAACAUGGAGAGGCUGGAGAAGGAGGAGGCUUCGAAGCGGCGCGCCUGA